CUUGAUUGGACCACUUCUUUAAUUUCUUUUUGUUUUAUUUUUUUUACCCAUUUGCUGUGAUUGUAUUUUCCCAUUCGCUUUUGCUUUUACUACGUGUACUCCACCGCCACCAUCCACCAAUACAUACACACCACUGCAUCUUCAUUAGCAGUUUAUCUGGAUGCUUCCACCGCCUCUCCAAACCUCUAUGGAAGUCUUGGAACCAAUAUUAUUUUCCUUUCUGAUUUCGGAUUUGAAAGAUUUAGACGACAACACACCCAAUCGGACCGUCGCCAUCCUUUUCCAAUCGGAGCUAUUUGACAGAAAAAUCGAAUCGUCGCUGCUUCGCUCUUUCUUCAUCGUCGCCCCAAUUGAUUCAGAUUCUUCGGUCAUCUCCGGUGAAUCCGACAACAUGAUGACCACUAUCACUCAUCAUCUCAACACGUCUGCAAGUGAACAAUGUAAUGGCUACUGGAUCCAAUUGACAAAGGGCGCAGGUUCUUUUAUCUAUUGGAUUGUUACUGAAUGUGGAAUGUAUCAACUGGCAAGGACCUGGUGGAAUUUUUGUUGACCUGCCAACAGAAACAAGUUGCCAUCUUUUUCUUUUAAAUAAUAACAGGUGAUAUGUUGGGUGAACAUGGAACUGUAGAUGAUAAAGUGUUUUUUUGCUACAAAUCAUGGUACUAUGACGAAAACUAUGAUGUAAAGAUGGUAAUUGAAGAUCCUUUUGGUACAAUCAAGAAUAACCUUGAACUUAACCUUACUGCCAAUAACAGUAUUGUUGGUUGGUAAAAACUAUGAAUUAAUGAUAUCCAAGUGUGUGGAUAUCAUUAAUAGAUUUGUGGUAUUUUACAAAUCUAUUAAUGAUAUCAUUCCUAAUCAUUUUCCCUAUCAAAAAUAGUUGAAGAGGGAAGGGUAUAUGUGGUAUUUUACAAAUACUAGAUUUGUAAGAAUGGAUUACUUACAUUUUUUUUAAAUAUUACUUACAUUUUUUUUUAAUUUAAUUUUACUUUAUAAACAGUUGAAAGAUUUUGGGAGUAAAUAUUUAAUUUUUAAUUUUUCUAAAAAUGGCAAUUUUAUGAGGUAGUUGGAUUGGUUUACUAAGAAAUGGCUUUUUGGGUUGUUUUUUUUAUCUCUAUUGGUAAGUGCUCCAUUGACACUCAAAAAGUUCAUGGGGUUGGUCUACUUUUGCUGCCAAUUUAAUUCAAAGAAUGAAGGGUAUAAUUGGUAUAUUAUAAACACUAGAGUUGUGAGAAGGAAAGCUUUAUUUUUUCUGAUAUAGAACUAAAGGAUGUUGGGAGUAUGUUUUUAUUUUUUAUUCUCAAGAAUGGGAUUAUAUCAUUAUGCUUAAUUUUCAUCAGGAUGUUGUGUUGUUCAUACUAUUGUUUUAUUUUUAUUUAUUUGUGAAUCUUGACUUGAUGUUGCAACAUGUCAAACUUUAGCAACUUAAAGGAUUCUUGAAUCAGUCCCCAACCAUGUAUUAUGCUCUUUAUUUUCUAAUUUAUAUAAUUAACAUGGUAUAAAUAUAAUUUCGAUGAUUGAGAUUUUCUGAAUUUGUGUAUAGUUGUUUAUAACUGUCAAUGGAGCCUCUGUGUUGAGC